AUGGCUACUCAACCGCCGAAGUUACUGUAUCACCACCGUAAGUCCAAUCCAUCAACGCCACCAAUUCUUCCCAACGAGCUUAUCACCGAUAUUCUAUCUCGCUUUACUGUCAAAUAUCUGAUGCAGAUGAAAUGUGUGAGUAAGUCAUGGAACACUCUUAUCUCUGAUCCUAUAUUCAUCAAAAUUCAUCUUAAUCGAUCGGAACUAAAUCCACAAUUCUCAUUGAUAUCUUCACAUAACGAUGAUCACAGUUUUGUACCCUUCCCCGUUGGUCUAUUAUGGAAAAACCGUAGUAUCAAUAUUCCUCAAGAUCCUUCUUACCAAUUGAGCAACAAGAACUGUACUGAGAUUGUUGGUUCAUGCAAUGGAUUAGUAUGCUUGGCCGGUCAUUCUCUCAAUGAGAUUACAAGGUAUAAAAAAAUAUGGCUUCGGUUCUGGAACCCUGCUACUAGGGCAAUAUCUGAUAAAUUAGGCUCUUUUUUCUAUUAUGAUAGAUAUAGAUUUGAAUUUUGUAAAUUCACAUUUGGUUAUGAUAAUUCAACUCAGACUUAUAAAGUCACGGUGUUAGGUUCGGUUGUGGAUCGUACUCUAUCAGAAACUGAUGUGAAAGUAUUCAGUUUAGGUGAUAAUGUUUGGAGAACUAUUCAUGGGCUUCCUGCUAUUCCUCUUCAAUUGUACUUUGGUCAUGAGUAUGAUGGUGUACAUUUGAGUAACACUAUUAACUGGCUGUCCAUUCAGGAUGUGUUUGGUAGAGAUGAUAUUGUUGAGCAAUUUGUAAUAAUAUCGCUUGACUUGAGCACAGAGACAUUCACACAAUUGAUGCCCCCUAAAAAUUAUGACAAUCAUGGGGGUAUAUCACCAAAUAUUUGUGUGAUGAUGGAUUCCCUUUGCUUUUCUUAUGAUAAGGAAACUGAAUUUUUCAUAUGGCAGAUGACGAAAUUUGGAGAUGAAAAAUCUUGGUCUCAAUUUCUUAAAUUUAGUUAUCACAAUGUUGGAGUAGAUUAUGAACUUGGUCACCCACGUAUUAAACUAACACCAUUGCAUCUUUCUGAGGAUGGUGAUACACUAUUAUUAGCAAACGACGAACAAGACAGUGCAAUUCUUUAUAACCGGAGAAAUAACAGAGCAAAGAAAACUAGAAUUAACAAUAAGAUAUGUUGGUUCUCUAUCAGGGCUUAUGUCGAAAGCUUGGUUCCAACAUGUUGAAGGUAAGUUCUUCUCCCAUGAUAUAUUGUUCUAAUUUUUAUGAAUUCA